AUGUCGACCCGCUACGGCCGGGGGCCCUACGCCGCUUCAUCGACCCCAUCGACGUCUGCAGCGGCCAUGGCCGGCUUCCCAUCCUCGUCAUCCGCAUCCUCGUCGUCGGCAGUGUCCCCUCAUCUCGGCCAGACACGCUCCCGCACCCUCCUCUUCCUCUCCUACCGCGACACGGCGGCCCGCACCACAAAACGCCCAUCCGGCCCCUCGUCGAGCCUCUACUUCCAGGCGCCCUACACCGACGGCGACGGCGACGACGAUCACGACCCGCUCCACGCGUCGAGCGUCAACAACGGCGAGCAGCAGGGCCUCCUCGGUGGCUCCUCGCCGUCCUCGGCACGCAACAGCCACGAUCGGCCGCAUACCUCCAUCGAGCUCGGUGCGACGUCCGACGAUGGCGGCUCCGAGCUGCCGCCAAAGUGGAUGGACAUCUCGGACCAGGUCGACGCCAUCCUCGCAAGCAUACGCCCGCGCAUGGACUCCCUCUCCCGCCUCCACGAAAAGCACCUGCGGCCCGGCUUCACCGACAAGUCGGCAGAGGAGAAGCAGAUCGAGGCAUUGGCCCUCUCCAUCACACAAGACUUUCGCAGAAGCUCGAGGCUCGUCGCCGGCCUCGCCUCCUUCACCCAGCACCUCAUACGCGAGGCAAAGAAGGGCAACUCCUCGACCACCGUCCGCCAGAUUGCCCUGGCACAGAACGUGCAGACGGCGCUCGCCACCAGGGUACAGGACCUCAGCGGGGCGUUUCGCAAGCAGCAGAGCCUCUACCUGCGCCGCAUGAAGGGCAUGGAGGUGCGCGAUCGCGACAUCCGGGCAGCGCAAGGGCUCGCCACCGGCGGGACCAGCAGCGCCUCCGCGUCGACGAGCGCAAGGGAGCGCAACGAGUUUCGGGACAACGAGAUGGCCGUCCGAGAAGACAUGGAGCUGUCACGGACGGCCUCGAUGGCAGCAAAGGGCCAAUCGCAGCAGGCGCAGGAUCUCGUCGUGCUCGAAUCAUCGACCUCGACGGCGGCGGAUGCCGAGAUAGCGCAGCGCGAUCGCGAGAUCACUGAGAUCGCCAAGUCGAUCCAGGAGCUGGCCAACCUGUUUGGCGACCUGCAGACGCUCGUCAUUGACCAGGGCACGAUGCUGGACCGGAUCGACUUCAACGUCGAGCUCAUGAGCCGCGAGAUGGAGGGCGCGGUCAAGGAGCUCGAGGUGGCGACCGGCUACCAGCGGCGCACGGGGCGGCGGCAGUGCAUCCUCUUUCUCAUCCUCUGCAUCGCGCUGCUGGUCGCCAUCCUCAUCAUCAAGCCGUUCUGGAGGUUCUUUGCCGCAGGCGGUGGUGCCAGCCCGCCAUCGGUGCCCGCCCCUCCGCCAGCACCAUCCUCGUCCUAG